AUGGACGAAACCGCCACCGUCACCGCCGAAGCCACAAUUACCACCACCACCACCACUGUCAAGGGCGCCGCCGGAAGAAGAGGAGGCCAGAAGAAGAAAGCCGUUUCCAAGUCCAUCAAAGCAGGCCUCCAAUUCCCCGUCGGUCGCAUUGCCAGGUACAUGAAGAACGGCCGUUACUCUCAGCGGUUAGGCACCGGAGCUCCGAUCUAUCUCGCCGCCGUUCUCGAGUACCUCGCCGCCGAAGUUUUGGAACUAGCUGGAAAUGCUGCGAGGGAUAACAAGAAAAAUAGGAUCAAUCCGAGGCACGUGUUGCUGGCUGUGAGAAACGACGAUGAGUUAGGGAAAUUGUUGCAAGGCGUCACCAUCGCUAGCGGCGGCGUGUUGCCGAAUAUCAACCCCGUUUUGUUGCCGAAGAAGAGUGGUGGUGCUGCCGCAGACAAAUCUGCGGCCACCAAGUCUCCUUCUCGUAAUUAGUAAAAAAAAAAUAUUAGGAUUUAGGUUUAGCCGUUUAGGUGCUCCUU